ACAGAUAUGGGCCCAUGACCACCAAAGACGGGAGACAGGCCUAUGCUCCAGAAGUUGGCCAAACCGGUUACGAUGUUCCGGAAAUGUGGACGCACGACCUCGAGGGAAUGAAGGGGGUAAUGGUCUAUGCCACAAAAGGAGAAUGGGCGAAUUUUCUGAUGACUCUAACCUACGGCUCCCUCGCAGCCUGCACGAAGCUGACAAGUAAUUUCCGCACGGGCUUUCUGGCAAUAGUGUACGAUGUUAUGCUACGACGGUUGAAGAAAGCAGCCUUCAAGUUGGCCCAAGAAGAAAAGGAGCGGCAACAGGACAUCUCGGACAGUGAAGAAGAGCAGCCGGGAACAGGGCCGGGCUCAAAACGGAGCAACAACUUAACCACAACUGAAGGAAACGCCGGGUUAACAGAGAUGCAAGCCUCCACCCAGAGCUUUAACGAGUUUAAAAAGAUCAAGGCCAUGGUGGCGAACAAAGACCCGAAGGAGUCGGUACAAGAAUACUUGACGCAGAAGUGGCUCAUGGUAAAGUCCAGCUCCACAAAUGAUGAAGCGAAGAGACUGUGGUUGGCCCAUGUGACGGACCAACCAAUGGGACCCGAAGAAACUGCGGAACAGCACUACCGAAGAUUAGUGCUGGAGGAUUGCGAGGAUGAAGAGUCACAAAUCGAAAAAGCGAGAAAAAGCUUAGACAAAGGGCAGACUCUCACCCAGGCGUGGUACGCCUUGCGACAGACGAUCCUGCCAGAAAGAAGUGUGCAAGCCCUUAGAAAGCUGACAAAGGGUCUCAUGAAUAACAUCGAUUUUGUGACCCUGAACAUCAAGAAGAGUACUACAGAACAAAUCCAAGAAACUGUAAGAAAAUGGGAUUUGAAGAAAAAACACUUUGACGAGAAAAGAGAGAAAAGAAGCCAACCUAAGCCGGCGGCUCCUAGGCCCUCGUAUGACAAUGCGAGGCCACCCGAGGGGCCCGGCCCUUCACAGACACCAAGGAGACAGCAAGGAGGAUUCCAAAGGGCCCCGCAAGGCUUCCAAAGGCAAGAAGGAUUCCAAGGACAAGGCGGUUUCCCGAAAGCCCAGCCACAACAACAAAGGCCGGGGCCGAGGCCCCCACCAGCCAACAAAGGUGGGGCCGGCUUUCUCUCCUCUGAAGAUUACAACAAGUUGACAAUAGAGCCAAGAAAGUAAUGGCUAAGCAGGUGCGGGUCACAGUGGAGCAUGCUUACUGGGUUGGAGAUGACAUCUAUACCAACGUGGA